CAUAGUGAGUGGUGAGUUCAUUCUACAGCGUUCCUAAACUUUUUUAUAAACAAACAUCGAUAAACAUAAUGAUGGAAACAGGUUCACUAGCUGAAGUUCGGUACCUAAACAAGGAUAUUAACCAUAUAAACAAAGUUUGAAGUUUAGCAUAAGUUGAUACAAUAAUUCAAAAUUUAGAAUAAUGGACAUCAAAACUGAACCUGGCGAUUACAGAAACCCUUAUGAAGUGUGCCGACUAUGCUUGAGCGAAGAAGCUCUUAACGAUGUAUUCGACGAGGAGGGCUUGCAUCAGUGGAUAUCGGAUUACCUCUCGAUAAUGGUAUCCUUCGAGGACACCAUCAGUAAAAUCAUAUGCUCUGUUUGCCGAGUACGUGUAACUGAAUUCCAUCAAUUUCGGAUUCGAUGUCAGGAAGUGCAAACUAUUCUACGGUCUAUGGUUCAGAACGAAGAAUUCAAAGCCAACGAAUCAACCAACAAAUCAUCUGAAACAAAAUCUCAGCUUUUAGAAAUGAAUGCAGCCAAAGAAAUGGAGUGUGAAGUUUGUCAUAAGAUGUUCAAGUCAAGAAAACUUCUGACGUCCCACAAGAAAAUCCAUGAACCUAGAAAGCACGUUUGCACACAUUGUGGAAAAUUGUUCGCAAGGCGUCAACAUUUGAUUAAACAUACGAAAACGCAUGUCAAGGAUAAAGAGAAAAAUGAAGAAAUGACAAAUGAACCACCUGAACUUCCGGGAGUAAAAUUAGAGCCGUAUGAAGAGCAACAAGUUCAACCGUUGAUAAUGGAACAUGAUUCUGCAGAGGAUACGCAAAAGAAUGCACAAUUCCUAGGAGUGUCAGUGAAAUUGGAACCAGUUGCUAUGCCCCAGGAAGAUGUGACCCAAAUGAGUUAUUUCGGAGCAGAGAAAGACAAAGAACAAUCGCAUGACACGAAAAAUGCUAAAACUAUUAGAAAAGGUGAUUUUGACCACACAGUAGAAGUUGCUUCUUCUAGUCAACUCAAAAAGGCUAGAGUAAAAGAAGCAAACACCAACAAUCAACUACAAUGUGAUAUAUGUCAGAAGACAUAUAAGCUAGGAAAAACUAUGAGGGCUCACAAGAAAAACUCACAUGGAAUAAAAGAGCAUUCGUGUCCCGUAUGCGAGCGGCCAUUUGCUUUAAGGCAUGCCUUAAAAAGGCAUUUGCUAACACACCAAUCCGUAGAAGAACGUCAGCGAAUAAGACCAACUCCGGAUGCGAAUAAUGUCGUCAAACCAUUCGUAUGCGACAUUUGCCAAAAGGCUUUCAAACGCAAAGGAAGACUAUGGGAGCACCAAAAGAAAGUUCAUGGACCAAGAAACCACGAGUGCCACAUUUGCGGCUUUCGAUUUACGAUGCGUGAUGAACUGGCAAGGCAUGUACAGAGGCAUACUCGGAACCGUGAUCGCAAAGAAGACUUUCGUCCAUUACACCUGAUGAAUCGCAAAGAAACAAGCGAAAUUAUGAAUGAAGACAUCAAAAAGGAACCUACAGAGGAAGAGAGAGAUUCUCAAGAUGAUAGAUCAUCAUCGUUACAAACUGAUCAAAAAUCAACCACUUCACUUACAGAGUGCGAAAAAUGUCAAAAGGUCUUUCAAUCCCAAAAAUCGUUAUGGCUUCAUUACAAAUUUGCGCAUAAACCGAAAAAUCUUAAGUGCUCUGUUUGCAAUGUAGUUUUCGUGUCAUGCAAACGUUUGGAGAAGCAUAUGCUGACCAAUCACAGACAGGAAGACGGCAGUUACCAACCGCUGAAAUGUUCGGUAUGUAAUAGAGCAUUCUCAAGCAUAGGGCAAUUGAAGCGACACGCACUCAACCACGGACCGAGAAAGUACUGCUGCUCGAUUUGUAGUAGAUCAUUCACAAAACUGGAGAACUUUGAAUUGCACAUGGCAAGCCAUAAAAAUUUACCCGAUGAAUGUGCAAUUCCUGGUGAUGAGCAAUGCCUUGAAGGAAAUGAUUCAUCAGCUUCUGAAUCUCGUAUGAAAGAUUUGAAGAAUCGUCGCCUGAACCGUAAGGCAAAACCAGCUCCUGAGGAUACUGCCGAAUCGAGAUCAAUCCAGCAAAAGCUAGACGACAAAGAUAGCGGAACAUCUUUUCAAGAGGCUACAAUUUUAUUCGAGGCAGAAGAAUUCAAAAUUGAACCAGAGUAAGAACCAGAAUACU